AACAUAAAAAGAUCUAAAAUUUGUUGGAUGAAAAUUGAAAUCCAAUUGAAAGAGAGGUGUGGGGCUACACGACACUGUGCUUUCCUUUUUGGCCGGCACCGCCUCCGCAGGGCUCCAGAGGUUUCCGCCGUAAAUUCAGCAAAACCACGCUCUAUUUCGGUAAUCCACAAACCUCUUACGGAGUCCGCUAAACCCUAUCCCUAUAAGUACUCGCGGCCUGCGACUCCCGGACGACCUCUCACGCUCUCUCCCUUACUCUGUUCUCUCAGGGUUCUCAUCAAUCAUCCGCAGAGAGAUAAAGAAAACAGUCUGAAACAUGAUCGUCUAUCAGGAUCUCCUCUCGGGUGAUGAGCUUCUCUCCGACUCAUUCCCAUAUGAGGAGAUCGAAAAUGGAAUGUUGUGGCAAGUGGAAGGCAAGUGGGUCGUACAAGGAGCAGUCAACGUAGACAUUGGAGCUAACCCUUCUGCUGAAGGUGCUGAUGAGGAUGAAGGUGUUGAUGACCAAGUUGUCAAGGUUGUCGAUAUCGUCGACACAUUCAGGCUUCAGGAGCAACCUUCUUAUGACAAGAAGCUGUUUGUCGCGCACAUGAAGAAGCACAUCAAGCUGUUGACACCUAAGUUGGAACCGGAAAAACAAGAGGAGUUUAAGAAGAACAUCGAGGGAGCAACCAAGUUCCUGCUUGCAAAGCUCAAGGACCUCCAAUUGUAUGUGAACUUCUCCCUCUUUCCAUGGAUCAUCAAAAUGAAUUCUUGGGUAAAUCUGAAACUAACAUCCAUUUUAAUGUUUGUAUGUGCAUUACAGUUUCAAGGGGGAGAGCAUGCAUGAUGAUGGUGGUCUGGUUUUUGCGUACUACAAGGAUGGUGCCACGGAUCCAACCUUCCUCUACCUUGCACCUGGAUUGAAGGCUGUCAAGUGUUAAACAAGAGUUUUUGCCUCAGCCCAAUGGGCUUUAUGUAGUUUUAGAUUAAUUAUGUUUUUCUUUUCCCUUUUAGUUUUUGUUACUGUGUAAGAUUGCCUUACAGGAGUCGAGGUUUCAAAAGUUGUGUCUCUAAUUGCACACUUCAUUUGAUGAAUAAACAUUACCUUCUUGGGGGUGUACCUUGCUAA